AUUUUGAAACCAGAUCGGACGCCAAACUACUUGAAAUCCGACCUAAUUAUCUCUGCACUUUUUAGGACCUCCCUUUCGGACACUCCGAACUUCUUACAGUUGCACUCUCGUCUUCUCCGUUUCAACUUUCAACGCGUGAGGGAGAGAGAUAGAGGGACUGCCCCUUCCUUCUUCGGUUCUUAGUAUCUUAAGGUUUAUUGAGAUUGUUUCAGAGAAAACCCUAGCCAGAUAUUUUUUUUUCGUUUUAGGGUUUAUCUUACGGUGUUGGCUUCUAGGGUUUAUGAGAAAAACCAGAGUUCGGGAUCUUGUGUUUCAGCAACAAACCGAUGGUUUCGUUCACCUGUGCUUGGUUUUGAGAUGCAAUUUCGCUCUCCUAUAGUUGAAUUUCUAGGGUUUUCGCGAUGGACGGAAGGAGGAUUUCCGUCAGCCCUCGCCCUUGCUGCAAUCGCCGGAUUGUGGCUCGGAAACGUCAGCGCGUCGAUGGCUUCGUCAACAGUGUGAAAAAGCUUCAGAGAAGGGAAAUUUGUUCACGGCGUGAUCGUGCUUUCAGUAUGAGCAAUGCCCAAGAACGGUUCCGGAAUAUCCGGUUGCAGGAGGAAUAUGAUACUCAUGAUCCCAAGGGACAUAAUACCAUGGUGCUACCUUUUCUGAAGAAGAGAUCAAAGAUCAUUGAGAUAGUGGCAGCCCGUGACAUUGUUUUUGCCCUUGCACAGUCUGGUGUAUGUGCCGCAUUUAGUAGAGAGACAAAUCAAAGAAUAUGCUUUUUGAAUGUGAGCCCUGAUGAAGUCAUUCGUAGCUUGUUUUAUAACAAGAACAAUGACUCGCUUAUCACAGUUUCGGUUUAUGCUUCAGACAACUUCAGCUCUUUGAAGUGUAGAACCACAAGGAUCGAGUAUAUCCGGAGAGGUAAGCCAGAUGCUGGAUUUGCCCUUUUUGAGUCAGAGUCAUUGAAGUGGCCUGGGUUUGUAGAAUUUGAUGAUGUAAAUGGAAAAGUUCUUACGUAUUCUGCACAAGACAGCAUAUACAAGGUGUUCGACUUGAAAAACUACACAAUGUUAUACUCUAUAUCUGACAGAAAUGUACAAGAAAUAAAGAUUAGUCCAGGAAUAAUGUUGUUGAUAUUCACAAGAGCCAGUGGCCAUGUCCCUCUCAAGAUUCUAUCAAUAGAGGAUGGCACUGUUCUUAAGGCCUUCAACCAUCUUCUUCAUCGAAAUAAGAAGGUGGAUUUCAUAGAGCAGUUCAAUGAAAAGCUUCUUGUCAAGCAAGAAAAUGAAAACCUUCAGAUUCUUGAUGUUCGUACUUCUGAGCUAACAGAAGUUAGCAGAACCGAAUUCAUGACUCCAUCAGCAUUUAUCUUCUUAUAUGAAAAUCAAUUGUUCUUGACAUUUCGAAAUCGGACUGUGGCUGUUUGGAACUUCCGUGGGGAGCUUGUAACUUCGUUUGAGGAUCAUUUGUUAUGGCAUCCUGACUGCAAUACAAACAACAUCUAUAUCACAAGUGACCAGGACCUUAUAAUUUCUUAUUGCAAGGCUGAUUCUGAUGAUAUCUCUGUGGAAAAUGCUGGCUCAAUCAACAUCAGUAAUAUUUUGACUGGGAAAUGCCUUGCUAAAAUACAUGCUAGCAACAGCAGUCACAAAGAUGAAUGUAACAGUAGUGGUGGUAAAAGGAAGCGGUCUUACAUCUCCAGGAUUAGGAACACAGUUGCUGAAGCAUUGGAAGACAUUACUGCUCUCUUUUAUGAUGAAGAACGCAAUGAGAUCUACACUGGGAACAGGCAGGGUCUUGUUCAUGUAUGGUCUAACUGAAGAUGAAAAUGUUGAAUUUGUUUCUUUCCAGAUCGAAUGAUUGGUGUCACCACAAGAAGGUUGGUUUCAUCGGGCUGGUAUCACUGCCGACGAGAAAAAUGUAUCGUGGCUCUGUAUCAUUAAGUGUUUCUGUAGAUUUGGUUUCCUGAAUUUAUUUUGUGGGGUUACUGCGUGUGAAUCAAUCAAAUUUGUUGUGUUGUAGUCCAUCACUAGUGUUUAGGCCAUCUAUUGUAUCUGACAUCUGUUAGCCAAGACAACCAAGUGUUGCCCGGUUGAGUUGCCACCAGGCUUUUUCUGAGUGGUUUCCAUUGGAUGGAUCAGGGGGUUGUUCCAAUACCCCGCUGCAUCUAACCUUGUUCACCGUAAUGGGCACGGUGGACAAAGGGUUUUUUUUUUUUCUCCACCUUCGUAUCAUACGCGGCAACACUCGAUCAAAGUCUUGGCAUUAUAUUGUUUAUAUUUUAACGUUUAUUUAUUCUUAAAACUUUUUGUCCACAAGGAUUUCUAUCCAGUGGUGUUUUUAUUUAAGGGCUGUUAUUUGUACCA